CCAGUACCAAGGCGGGGCGAAGAUAUCGAGGUCGCGCCAAGACUGCAAGAUCUUCCCGACCCAUACAUGAUUCGGGCCGGUCUCAAGACAGACGACGAGCUUUCUCAACUUCGUAGUCGUCGUAGGACUGGUAAACGACUCGAAAGGUUUCACAGAAAGCAGAAUGAUCUCAUCCACUCAUUGCUGAAGCCCAUGGAAGAGCAUACAGAGGAGGCAAGAAAAGAUGAAGAAGACAAUCGUUUACCUGUCAGGAUUGCGGUGUGGGCAAGUCUUGUUGCCAACUUCAUUCUCUGUGUACUUCAGCUAUAUGCUGCUGUGUCCUCAGUCUCUCUGUCCCUCAUCGCUACAGGGAUUGACGCCACUUUCGAUUUUGGAAGUAACAUCUUCCUAUACUGGACUCACAAGAAAGCACUGUCAAUGGACAUUAACAAAUGGCCUGUUGGUGGUUCUCGACUUGAAACGAUCGGAAAUGUUGUCUACGGUUCCAUCAUGGCGUCGGUCAACUUGGUUGUUAUCGUUGAAUCCAUCCGUGCACUCAUGUCUCAAGAAAAGGACAACGGCUUCCACCUCCAGGCCAUCAUAGCAGUUGCAGCUGCGCUGGCCGUCAAGUUUGCCCUUUUCUUGUAUUGUUUGGCCCUACGAUCAAAGUCUAGCCAGGUGCAUGUCUUGUGGGAGGAUCAUCGAAACGAUCUUUUCAUCAAUGGAUUCGGUAUUCUGAUGUCUGCUGGAGGAAGUAAAUUGCAAUGGUGGUUGGACCCUGCUGGUGCUAUCCUCAUUGGUGCUGGGGUUAUAUUUGCUUGGAGUCACACGAUCUAUGAGCAAUUUGGCUUCCUUGCCGGGAAGUCUGCACCACACGACUUCCUGCAACUCAUCAUCUACAAAGCCAUGACCUUCAGCGACGAAAUCGAGAAAAUCGAUACUGUACGGGCUUACCACAGCGGACCCGAUUAUGUCGUCGAGGUGGACAUCGUCAUGGACGCUACUACCCCGUUGUGGAAAGCACAUGAUAUUAGCCAGCAGCUGCAGGAUAAGAUCGAGGUGCUUCCGAAUGUCGAGCGUGCCUUUGUGCACGUCGAUCACGAGACGACCCAUGCCCCUGAACACCGAAAGAUGAUAUAG